AAACCUAUCCAAACUGUCUGUAAAUGACAUCGACUAUCUGAAUCUGAGAUACAGAUUCUGAAUCGACCCCAAACCCAGUCUAGAUUAUUGAAAUGAAAUUCGCUUGGCAGUUGAGGCAUAGCGUCUUCCACAUAUACUUGAAGAUCCGACGGUUGCACGUUUCGUCAGCGGAAAGCGUUAUGGAGAAGACCAACCUGAAUGUGGAGUUGCGGGAAAAACUCAACCGUUCCAGCGGGUUGAUAAAACGAGCAAUGGAUUUGUACAGUCCCACCGAGUGGAUAGUCAGCUUCAACGGUGGCAAGGAUUGCACGGUGAUGCUGGACAUUAUGGCCAAGAUGAAGCCGCCAGCAGUGACCCUGCGGGCUGUUUAUGUCAAGUCACUCGAUCCCUUCGAGGAAAUGGAGAAGUUCAUCCAUGCCAGUUCUCAGCGCUAUGGAAUGCAGUUGCGGCGCUACAAUGGAAUCCUCAAGCUGGCUAUUGAGCAGCUGGUGGCUGAGGAACCUCAAUUGAAAGCCGUGUUCCUCGGUUGUCGGCACAGCGAUCCCGGCUGCUCCAACCUGGCGGAGAUGAUGCCUUGCGAUAAUGGUUGGCCGCCUUUGAUGCGGAUCUUCCCAUUGCUGGAGUGGAGCUACCAUGACAUUUGGAGCUAUUUGCGGGCCUACAGCCUGCCAUAUUGCAGUCUCUACGAUCAGGGCUACACGUCUCUGGGGGACCGUCACUCGACGCACCUCAAUCCCAGUCUAUUGGUUUACGACAAGAAGCUGGGUAAGCUCACCUACCGGGCAGCCUAUGAACUGGAAGACUCCCGCCUGGAGCGGGCCAACAGGAUUGAGUCGGGCCAGGUGUCGGCGGAGAAGUUAGAAAAAAAAUAGUAUUGUCUGGCGAGGUCAAGCUCAGGGGCACUUUGAUUCAUUGCUCUUGACUUUAUUUUAUUUAUUUAACUUUUUUGAUGCCACUUUACUCUUAAAACUAAAUGCCAAUGUGGGCCAGUAAGUAUGAGCUAACUGGGCCGCCAACUUUGGCAAGACCUCAUUUCACAUAGCAACGUUUCGCUUAUCAGGCAGUAUGGUAUGGUCAACUCUGACAAUCCGGGUUAUAAUCCCUUAUAAAAAAUAGUAUCUGUUUAUAAGAGAACGUUUGGUGAAAGUACCCUGCUUUUGGUGAAUGUGGUGAAAAGCUUUUAGGACUCAAAGUUCAGGAAGAUUGGUACUGCAAGCUUUCAAGAAACAAAAAAUGCAUUCUAUGUGUUAUAUUUUUUAAAUUUUUAAUAAAAAUAAAGAUUGAA